GCUCGGUCCUUCGCCGGCCCCGGUCCCCGGGGGAUGCCCCGGGCCGCGCUCAUGGCCGCGGACGCGUUCACGUGCUCGUCCCGGCGGCCCCGCGGCCGGCCGGCGCUGCCCCAGCCCGACGAGCCGGAGGAGGACGACGACGACGACGACGACUCGGACGCGGACUCGGAGCCCCGGCCUCCGCCGCCCCCUCCCCGCCGCCAGCAGAUCAUCCACAGCGGCCACUUCAUGGUGUCCUCCCCGCACCGCGACCACCCGCCCAAGAAGGGCUACGACUUCGACACGGUCAACAAGCAGACCUGCCAGACCUACAGCUUCGGCAAGACCAGCUCCUGUCGCUUGUCCAUCGACGCCUCCCUCACCAAGCUCUUCGAGUGCAUGAGCUUGGCCUACAGUGGAAAGUUGGUUUCACCAAAGUGGAAAAACUUUAAAGGCCUGAAGCUGCAAUGGAGAGAUAAGAUCCGGCUCAACAACGCCAUCUGGCGGGCAUGGUAUAUGCAGUACCUGGAGAAGCGGAAGAAUCCUGUGUGCCAUUUUGUGACUCCCCUGGACGGCUCUGUGGAGGUGGAUGAACAUCGCCGACCAGAGGCCAUCACAACCGAAGGGAAGUACUGGAAACGGCGCAUUGAGAUUGUUAUCAGGGAAUAUCACAAGUGGAGGACGUAUUUCAAGAAAAGGCUACAGAAACACAAGGAUGAAGACUUGUCCAGCCUGGUCCGGGAUGAUGACCUGCUUCUCUGGCACAAAAGUGGGGAUGGGCGGGACACUCCAGUGCCCAUGGAGGAGGACGCCCUUCUGGACAUGGAUAUGCUCAUGUCAGAAUUUAGCGACACCCUGUUCUCCACACUUUCUUCACACCAACCCGUGGCCUGGCCCAACCCAAGGGAGAUUGCGCAUUUGGGGAACGCCGACAUGAUCCAGCCGGGGUUGAUCCCUCUGCAGCCAAACCUGGACUUCAUGGACACAUUUGAACCUUUCCAGGAUCUUUUUUCUUCCAGCCGCUCCAUUUUUGGCUCCAUGCCAGCCGUACCUGCCUCUUCACCUCCCCCAGAUCCCGGUGGUCCUCCGACACAGGUGCCCAUCCUGCCAGCUGAUGGUGUUGCUCUGCCCACUGUGAAUCUCCCCGACAGCUUCAUUGUCUCACCAGGCCCGGCCACCCUGGACCUCACAGGCAGGCGGAGUAGCGAGGAGGGGGCCCGGGCCGGGGGUCCUUUUAUCCAGCCUUUGGACUUCAGCAGGCCCGAGCCGCCCCUGAGUGGCUCGCAGACUUUCCUGCCAGUAUUCCCAGCUCCUCUCCUCUCCCCAAGUCCCAACCCCACACCCCAACCACCCCCUGUGAUACCGUUAGUGCCAUCUGCCGGGGCCAGCCUGAGUCCCUCCACGCCACCAGCCUUCCAGCUCCCACAGAAGUUUGGUGUCGGCAAGUCGUCCUCAGUCAUCACCCACACAGCCUCAGCCGCGCUCACCCACGACGCCCCGGCCGCCCCCUUCAGCCAGAGCCAGGGCCUCUUGCUCGCCGCUAGGCAGCCGCCCUCAGCAGGGGCACCCUGUAGCCUGGCAUUGCCUUCUGCCAUUGGAGCGACCCCUGUGAGGCCAUGCCAGCCCCGCUUGACUUUUGUGCACCCCAAAACUGUGCCCCUGGCUGGAGUGAGAACCAAGCAAACCCCCAAGAGAGUGCCUGCUCCCAAACCGGAGACGGUGUCCUUGGUGUUAAAGAAUGCCUACAUUGCCCCAGUACAACCCCGAGCAGUGAUCGUGACCCCAGUCCCACUGAAGAGAGAAGGGAUGCUGACCCCGACCAUGCCUCAGCCGAACGUGGUCAUCGCCUCAGGUGGCUUCGCCAGGGCUCCCAGUGUCACUGAAUUCCACAGCACCAUCCUGGUUGACCAAGCCCCACAUGCUGCCGGCAGCCAGACGGCUACAGUACCCCAGCUCUUCUCUCCUGGCACCAUGCAGGAUGCCCUGGUGAAGGGCGAGCAGAUCCCAAAGCCCGGAGGCAGUCCCCAAGUGACCUCGCCAGCUUCCAGCCGAGACUGUCAAAACUCAGGGCAGGGCUCUCCAUGCGCACCCGAACAAAGUCCCAGCCCUCAGUCUCCCCAGAACAGUUGCUCAGGAAAAUCCACCUCGGACCCACAUGUGGCUGUGUUCAAGAACCGGAAGAUGAAACACAUUUCGGCAGAACAGAAGAGGCGGUUCAACAUCAAGAUUGCUUUCAGCACUUUGAACAGUUUGGUCUCCAGCAAUUCCAAAUCGGCCAGCCACGUCAGCACCAAUGCCAUCACGUUGCAGAAGACGGUUGAGUACAUCGCCAAGCUGCAGCAGGAGAGGAGUCAGAUGCAAGAGGAAGCCCGGCGACUGCGAGAAGAGGUUGAGGAGCUCAACUCCAUCAUAAUUGCCUGCCAGCAGCAGCUUCCCGCUACUGGGGUCUCUGUCACUCGGCAUCGGUUUGACCACAUGCGGGACAUGUUUGACGAAUAUGUGAAAAGCCGGACCCUGCAAAAUUGGAAAUUCUGGAUCUUCAGCAUCAUCAUCAAGCCACUGUUUGAGUCAUUCAACGGGAUGGUGUCCACCUCCAGCUUGGGUGAAUUACACCAGACGGUCCUGUCUUGGGUGGACCAGCACUGUUCCCUCCCCAUCCUCAGGCCAAUGGUGCUGAAUACUCUCCUCCAACUGAACACGAUGACCUCUAUCCUGACAGACCCGUCUCGUUUGCCAGAGCAAGCUUCAGAGGCCGUCACCGGGAUCAUCAAGAGGACGGGGGAGUCCUAGUGAUCCAAAGUCAGAGCCCAGCCCAACUGAGACAGUGUGCCAGAGAAUGAAGAGAAUGGGUAUUGGAAGUGGGUGGGAAGCGAAUGUACCUCUCCAAGGUCUGGCCCCAAUGGGGUAGAAGGCCAGGCCCCCCAGGCUUCUCUUCCAGCGCAGCAACGGUGCUGUUGCUGUGCGCCUUGGGCUCCCCACCGAGACUGGGUGGAUGUUAACGGAAUCAUAAAGCUCAGGUUUGGAGCAGGUCUGGGUCCUGCCAACAGCAAUGACCUACCCGCUGCCGACUUCUUCUCCUGGACAAGGGACCCGCAGCGCUGCUCCCUUUGGGCGUAGGCUGGAGGGAUGCCAACCAUUGAAAGGGAAAACGCCUGUCUAGUCCCAGCCCCUGCCUCGACCUCUGCGCCCCCUCCGCUGCAGGUUAAUUUCCUCAUAGGCCCGAUGGGAUCUGCGGAACUGAUGAAUGGAUCAGGGGCAAAGAAAAACUCAGUUCCCAAGCUCUUCAGGGGAGCAAAGGUCAGUGGCACCCUUCCCGAUUCCAUUUUCCGUCCUACCAAACGGUUGCCUCUCUUUCAGGGAGGACUCCCCUCCUCCUCCCCUGCCUCCCCACUUUCCUGAUGUAGCAGUUGGAAGAUCCUUGUCGUCCCCCAACACGACAACGGCAGCUCUGACACGGAUUCUGAAGCUUGUAAAUAGACUGAAACUUGUGGGCAGGAAGGUAGGCGCUGCCUCCACCUGUCUGCUUUUAUGCCACAUGCCAAUGGGUGGGAGUGCCUUCUUCAGAGAACACCCAGAAUACAUAUGCAAGAACAAUGUACCCGGAUUCCCCCAGGCCUCGGAUGCCCCCAGGACUAGUGUGCACAAAGAAAUGCAAAGCUGCUGCUCUGACCUGGGAACAGUUUUUUUGGUAAUGUUUGAAUUAGUGGCUUGAACUUCAUCAUGGAUCCAAGUACUACUAAGGGGCAGGGAUUUGAGAGGCAUGACCCCUCAAACACAAACCCCACACCUGGCCCCUAUCCAUCUGCCAUCUGUCCCAUGGCCGCAGCAGGUCUGGAAGCAGAAGAGGGCACCCUAACAUUUAGUGGGAUUUGAGUUCAGGGUAAAGCCACAGUUCUUCAGCUUAACAUUGGAAAGGCUGGACUGGACAAAGCCAGACUGUCCCAGAUGUCAGAGGAUGCUCUCUGCUAUCUCUGGAAGCCUCAAAAUAUUGGAGUUCUCGGACCAAAGAAAUACAUACCAUUGAUUAAUCCAGGCACCAAUCUGGGAAGUAGGUGGGAGUAGAAAAUGGGCCCUGCAAAACUCUCCAGGGCUCUCUGUCUGCUCCCGGGAGUGGGAGACCCAUUGUUUAACCUGGGGAGAGUUUUUAAACUGCUCCCAUUCAAGGGGCUAGACUCAGAUGUCCCCCUUCACCCUGCAACCCUCCUCCCUUCACCGUGAAGUGAAAGGCUUUGUGUCUCCAGAGCUCAAAAACCAUCCCAACCUUUGCUUUCCAGGUGGGCCAAGAGAGGGAAGAGGCUGGGAAGGAUGCCGGCCCCAGCUCACUGGGAAGAGCAGGCAGCAGUAGGACCUUGCCAUUUCUCACCACUGCUUCUGGAGCAGAGGGAGGAAGCGCUUGACUUGGUUCAGACUCAGGGGAUUCCAGACUGUAACCGUGAUCGGAGCGGUGGGCAUUUCUAGAGCAGCUGGUAGUUCCUACCCUGUUUCCUUUCCGUAGCCCAGGUGUUAUGAACCCUGUAGGGAUAUUUCAAGAAAGCUUCCUGGGCCAUACUGCAGGAACCCAAGGGUGGUAAGGCAGGCAGAAGAAAGAGAACUGGUGAGUGUUCCCAAGCGCAGAAACCAUCCAGUAGGAGUUCUGUUGUCCAGUUUCACUUGGGCCCACUCAUCCCAGCUCCUUAGCCCAAGGAGACGUGAGGACUAGGUCACCAUUCUGAGGCCUGUGGCCCAGACUCACACUAAACUGUACUGCCCAGGGAGAGGAGUAUUAGUCGGGGAAUACUCCCUUUGAAGGACAGAUGGUUGGAACUGAUUUCAGUGCUCAUUAUGAGCUCAGAAGCCCUGGAUCUUGGCUUAUUUAGACUUUGCCUCUCCCCUAUGUAGCCUCACAGCAUUGACUUCAAGAGCUGUGGCUAAUGCCCAGUGAGCACAAAAUGUCUUUGGCACACGGGCCACUCCUAGAGCUUCCUCUUUCUGAAGCCCAAGUUUACAGCCUUCAGGGCUCAGCCAGUGUUUGCCGGCUGGCAGGAAGAGGAUGGGGGUGGUGGAAGAUUCUGAGUCCGAGAGGUCUGGAGUAGGUGUGUCCUCCACGAAGAUCCAGACAGUUGGGUCAAACUUCAGCCUGAGGACCAUGAGGCUGAUGAGAUGGAGAUGGGUUUCCUCGGGAGAAAUUAUCUUUGAAGCUGCAGGAGGGGACUUCCUGCUGAGCCGCCUUCUCUUGGCUUUUCACAGUUCUUGUUCUUUUCCCAAACUGAGAGAAAUUUAACAUUUCCUCAGCAGUCCCGUCCUCUAGUAUUUUGCUUUUGAAAGUAGAGCAUCUGGUUUUAACAUCUCGGCUUCCCCAUUCGAGAACCUCAGGCCAUUGACUCAAAUACUCGGUCUCUGGGGUUUGAACCCCCGUCGAUUCAAAACAAACACCCCAAGUUCUCAGAGCAGUAAAUGGCAAGGGGUUCGCUUCCUGAGAGAAUUGUAAAGCUCUGUCUUUCUGUAAGCAGACGUAAGUAGAACCACAGGGCUGCUUGGUUUUCAGCAAUGUGAAGUGGUGUGGGUCUAGACAAUGGCCCAUUCCUUGUGAUUUCUGGGCUUUGGAAACCUAGUUAGGUUUUUCACUGCAGAUAGCAAGGCAAGAGCUCCUCUAAGGAGCUCGUUUAAUUCACCUUAGGACUCCAUAGGAUGUGAAGGAAACUUCCUGCUUCAGUGGCCUGCCUGUCCCUUCAUUUGAACUCACCUUUACUCUGCAUUAGGCAAAAUAUUUAAGGUGGUAACUAGGCUGUUUUAAGCUUCAUGGAGAGAGAUAGUGUGUGUGUGUGUGUGUGUGUGUGUGUGUGUGUGUGUGUGUGUGUGUGUGUGUGUGUGUGCUCACAAACAUUCAGUGUAUAAAUAUUUGCAUGUCUUAUUAUUUAUUUAGCCAUUUAAGUUCAUUUCUUUUGCCCCAGAUCAGCGUGGUGGUAAGACUGUGAGUCUGGAGCUGUUUUUCCAAAUCCAGUUUCCUGAUCCCAUACUUUCCCCCAUUUGAAGUUUCACCUGUUAGAUCUAACCGGGUGUCAGAUUGGCUGAAACUGGUCUGGUCUAAUCAGCUCCUCUGUGCAGAUCCUGUUAGCGGACUCCUGAUUCUCAACCUGCUUUGUACAUAAUAGAAGCAGGUACCCACCUUGGGAAAUAGCCUGAAAUAAGCAUACUGUUUGAUUCUCUCCUGUCUCCUUCGGGGAAACAAAAGAGAGGUGUUGUCAUGUUGCAUCUUUGAGAGAAAAUCAGUUAGUCUCAUUCCCCUGUCUUAAAAAUGGCUGAAAAAUAUUUCUCACCCAUUGAAUUUCUUGAGAAAUCUCUGCCAUCAUCUCCUCCCAUGGUGCUAUUUAGAUCUUUCAAGAAGUGUAAAUCUGUGAUAUGUUUCAGCAGGGUUUCUGAGUAGUCUGACUUUCAAAUCCUCCUCCCCCGACCUCUUGGUUUACAUAACCUGAUCGAUUAGCAUUGCUUCAAUCUUGCGGCAGAUUAGUGGUUUGGCUGCUUUUGAUGGCACGAAGAAAUGCUUGCAGGAAGUAAACAUGGCUGAUGUAUAAGCUAGGGGGCAAGGGAAAGGUUUUAUAUGAAGGAGAGAAGGAGGAGAGGAAAACGUAGUCUUUGCAGCAAGCAUUGCUGGGGCACCUUUAAAGAACCCUUCCAGAGCCAGCGUAAAAGUGAAGGAACCUUGAGUUUACUUCUUCCACCCACCCUUCAUGCUCCUCCCUUCUGGGAUUUGUCCAUUGAUCCUAGAAUUGAAUCUGUUUGCCACUUGUGCUCUCCUCUAUUUGGCAUUGAGGAUGCUCCCAGAAGUGGUAGCAAACACUAUUUUCCAGUGGUUUCCCCAAAUCUAGUUUCAUUGGGGUAAAGAGGGUUAAAUGAGGACCUGGUCCUCCCUCUAAUGGUUAUGGUAGUUGCUACCCAGCUCAGUUAGAACAGCAAAGAGGAGUCAAAGCUCCUGUAUCUGAUCUCUAUGUGAAACACAGUUUGUGGAACAUUGUAGAAAUGUGGUAGAAUUCAGAGAUGCCAUAAUUACCACCUUUGAGGGUGAGAAAGCUUCCAAUCAGCUUAUUUCUCUUUCCCUUCUCUACAAUGCUGUCGUGACCCUAGCCGGAGUUCUUCAGAAUUUGGCAAUUAACGAUAGUUAACCAGGUAGAGAAACUCAGGUAUGACUUUCGACUGCAUCCCAGUGGGCAAACAUGAGCCUUGCUGCAGGGCAGGUACAAGAGAAGAUCAGAAACCGAUAAUAGGACCUCUAGUCCACAUUUGAAGACCUUUUUCAAAAGGACGUAAGCUUCUGCCUCUAUGAAACAAGCUCGCUUGCCCUGAGAAAUUUUUAUCAAGAUCAUAGGGCUUCCAUUGGUGGUUUGGUCAGUCACGUUAGCUCCAAAGAUGUCCUGCCUGAAUCUUCUCCCAUCUGCAGCAGAGUAAAGCAGCAUUGCGUGAUGGACAUGGACUUCAUGACAGUUUCUUCGCUGUUAUCUAUGGCCUGCACUUAAAUUGGCAAGGCAGGAGAGCCCAACCACGAGGUCCCGAAAAGCACCCAAUCUGCCGGUAUUGAAGUGAUGUCUGUUGUAAAAUAGCUCUGCGGAGUAGGACUAUGAAGAGAAUGAAUGACUGCAGCUGUUGAAUGGUAAGUCAAAAUGGAAGUGCCUAAACCAGAAUUCAACAAAGCACAAUUCAAGCAAUGUGGCCGAGUUGUAGAUUCCCAGAAGAAAACAGCGGUGGAUUGAUUCCUGGUACGUCAUGGACGGGAUAAUUAUUUCAGAGAAGCUGCCUCGGGAAGAUGGCAGUGGUAAGCCUCAAGAAGCAGAAUCAAAUAUAGCCCUGGGCCCUGCAAGUAGCAGGUGUAGCAGCAUAGCAGAGGACAUCACUGUGAGGAAGGAAUUGUCAACAUGUGUUGGCCUUUCGUGCCACACUGGCAUAUGGCUAAAGUUCAAGGUCAGUAGCUUCAUUUUCAAAUGUAAAGUGCAAUUAUACCAGACCGCUGGGGCACUGGGUUUUUAAUCUAAACCUGUAUAGGUCGGGUUCCUCGUCAUUUUUCACAUUAAUGCUAUUGGGCAUCUUCCCUGGGAAGAGUUUAUGGGCCAGAAUUUGGGCUGGAAAUGAUGGAGAAUGUAGCUCCUCUUGGUCCCACCAAUUUGGGAAUGAUAUAACAGUGAUAUAGUCAGUGUUCCCCUCAUCAGUCAUUUCAUUUCCGCUAUUUGAUGCCACUGUGUUGAGGGUCACCCCCAAACUGGCCUUUGCUGACCUAAGCAUCCUCAUUGAUGAGAGAGGGAGGCCCAGCUUUUGGGUGUCUACAGCUAGAUUCUCUCCCGGGGAAUGGAUUAACUGUGAGAUGAUAAUAAUGAUGGCAUUUGUUAAGCGCUUACUAUGUGCAAAGCACUGUUCUAAGCGCUGAGGAGGAUACAAGGUAAUCAGGUUGUCCCAGGUGGAACUCACAGUCUUCAUCCCCAUUUUACAGAUGAGGGAACUGAGGCACAGAGGUGAGAUGGUAGAUGACCCUUGCCAGUCUCUUCCCUGUAGCCGAGUUCCAGGCCUUAUUUGUUACCACCAAGUUAGAUGCAGAAUGUGAAUGAUUCCUUGCAAAUAGCAUUUAAUGCAAAUAAAUU